AUGCAGUUCUCCAUCUAUUUCACAAUCGCUGCCGCCAUUGCUGCCACGGCUGUCCAGGCAAACCCCCUUGUCCCUCGAGCAGAGCAGUUCUCCUGCUCCGGGCACUGCUUGGAUGGUCAGAAUACCUGCUUUUGUCCACUCGAGGGCGUUACUGCCAGCUGCUCCUCCGGCGGCUGUAAGAGCAGUUCCGACCCGUGCUCCAUUAUCAACGUGAGUGGGAUCAACUCUGUUACCUGCGGCGCUCCUGUUCUUGGAGGCUGCAAGCGCGACCUUGAUGGGCGUAGCGUUAUGCCUGGCUCGUCACAGCGCUUCCUCGACAAAUCCCGCUCCCUCACCGCCGACUGCAUCGCUUACGACCUCGAAGACAGCGUGACGCCUGCAAAGAAAGCCGAGGCCCGGAUCCUCGUGCGCAAGGCCCUGGACCAGGACCUGCCCACCGGCGUAAAAGAGCGUGCGGUGCGGAUAAACAGCGUGGGCAGCGGGCUGGCGCUCGGCGACCUGGAGGAGGUGGUCAAGUCGCCGAACCUGACGACGCUGGUCGUGCCCAAGGUUGAGAGCGCCAGCGACUUGACCUUCAUCAGCGACGUGCUCGCGCACGCGCGCUCCAGGGAACAUCUCCAGCAAAAAGGCCAGGUGGGCGUGUUGGCCCUGAUCGAGUCGGCAAAGUCGCUGCUCAACCUGGCCGAGAUCUGCCGCGCCGCGCCGCACCUGCUGCAGGGCCUGGUGUUCGCGGCCGAGGACUUUGCGCUCGACAUGAGCAUCACGCGCUCCCCGUCGCUCACCGAGUUCCUCUACGCCCGCCAGCUCAUCGCCACCGCAUCGCGCGCGUACAACCUCCCGUCCACGCUGGACCUCGUCGCGACGGCUUUCCGAGGCGAGGCCGACCAGGAGACCCUCGUCCGCGAGUGCGAGGAGGGUAAGGGCAUGGGAUACAACGGGAAACAGUGCAUUCACCCAUCGCAGGUGGCCACGGUCCAGAAUAUCUUCUCCCCGAGCGACAAGGAGGUCGAGUGGGCCGUCAGGAUUGUCAUCGCGCAGAAGAGGGCCGAGGAGAUGGGCAAGGGUGCGUGGAGUCUGGACGGCAAAAUGAUCGACAAGCCCGUCGAGGGUAAGGCUGAGCGCAUCGUCGAGAAGGCUGUCUUGUGUGGGAUGGACGUGAAGGGAUUGAAGGAGAAGUGGAAGGAUCAAAAGCCCGAGUGA